AGUGGUGCAAUGAAUAAUGCGAACAGAAUCGGACCAAGAAUCGUUCCUUCAGGUACCCCAGAUACCACGUGUCGAGGGCGUCCUAAGCAGUCGUCAACUCGAAUGGCUUGAAUGCGGUUGGUUUUUUUAUCUUCUGUCCUCCGCUGGUGAUGAUGUGGUCACGCUAAAAGAGCGCCUAAAUUCCGCGCUCGAUUCUUGAUCUGUAACAACAACAAUAACAACAACCUAAUUCAAAACAGAAAAAAAGACCCGCUGACCUUAUCCUGAGGCAUCAUGGUAGCCAAUCAGAAAGGUAAACGGGUCAAAGGCCAGCCCCCUCCGCCGCCGCCACCGCGGUCGCCCACCGCAGAUGACUCCGGAUCGGGUUUGUUGAGUUCGUCCUCGCCCGUGGAAGAGAUCGCCAUGGAUGUGGACCAAGUAGUCCCUCCGCCGGAUUGGGAGCUUCACCGUGACGAAGACGGCGGACUUCACUUAGGAACGGAUGUGUACAUCCCACCCCCGCCCCCUCCGGCCCUCACUUUCGAGGCCGAUCGGCCUCGUUUGGUGAUUACGCACAUCGAGAACGAGAAUUUCAAGUCGUACGCCGGUCUUCAGAGCUUGGGCCCCUUCCACAAGAGCUUCACGUCUAUCGUCGGUCCCAAUGGGUCCGGCAAAUCCAACGUCAUCGAUUCCAUGUUGUUUGUGUUCGGUUAUCGGGCCCAGAAGAUCCGCUCCAAGAAGAUAUCGGUCUUGAUUCACGAAUCCGAGAAGCAUCCCAAUGUCAAUUCCUGCACGGUUCGGGUCUUCUUCAAAGAAAUUCAGGAUGUGGAUCCGGAGAAUGCGGCUGAGCGCGAUGAAAAUGAUGUCCAAGGUGGGGCACGAACCAUCCCGGAGUCUCAGUUCUCGGUGGCCCGCACGGCUUUCAAGGACAAUACAUCCUUUUAUGAGAUUAACGGCAAACGAGUUCAAUUUAAAGAGGUGGCUGCCCUGUUACGUGCCAAGGGCGUGGAUUUGGAUCACAAUCGUUUCUUGAUUCUCCAAGGCGAGGUCGAACAAAUUGCGCUCAUGAAACCCAAAGGUCAAACCGAACACGACACCGGCAUGCUGGAGUUCUUGGAAGACAUCAUCGGCUCCUCACGUUUUCAGAAGCCCAUCGAAAUGCUGAAAAAUGCCGUAGCCCAAUUGGACGAAAUGCGGGCUGAGAAGCUGAACCGCGUCAAACUGGUCGAAAAGGAGAAGGACGAGCUGGAAGGACCCAAGAAUCAAGCCCUCGAAUACCUCAGAAUGGAGAAUGAACUGGUCGAAAAACGCAAUUUGGGCUUUCAACAGUACGUGCACACCGGCGAGAUCAAAUUGGCCGAGACCGAAGAAGCUCAAGCAGAAUAUGAGGAGAGUGCCAAGGAGGUCUUGUCCAAAGUGGAUAAGAUCGCAUCCGAGCGGAACGACAAGGAGAAAGAACAAACCCAAGCCCUCAAGGAGCUGGAUCAUGAUCAGAAGAAGCUGGAAGACAUUCGUGACAAGUUCAAAGCCCACGAGCUAGAGGACGCCAAGAUCCGCGAAGAAAUGAAAACGUUGAAUGUCAAACGCAAGAAACUGGUCCAUUUAUCCAAGACCGAGAAGGAAAAAUAUGAGAAACUCAAGACCGUGCCCGAGACCAAUGUGGAGAAAAUCGAGGAAUGUAACGCACUCAAAGAGAAACUCAUGACCCAAACCGAGGAAGAACAAGCCAAGUAUGACCAAGCCGUGACCACGCUGAAUGCCGAAACUCAGGUCUUUCAAGAGGAGAAGGAGAAGCACGAAACACAAUUGAUCGAACUCCGGAAGGAUUUGAAUGACAAGGACUCCAACUUGAGACUGAUCCAGAACGAAUUGGCCAUACUCAACUCCAAGGAAGAAAAAGAAAAGUCCAAGCUGGAUCAAUUCACCAUCAGCCUUGAUCAAACUCAGCACAAACUCAAAACCUCCACGGAAAGACACGUGGAAGUCAGCCAAAAGAUCCCGGCUUUAGAGAAGGAGUAUAACGCCACCGAAAGGGAACUCGAGAAGAUCCGUGGCACUCAGAACGAAACCAUCAACAAUGUUCGCCGCCUUCAGAGCAUGUUUGAAGAGAAGCGAGCCAACCAACAAGCUCACCGUAGUCGCGGCAAAGUACAUGAUGCUCUCAUGCAACAAAAACAAUGCGGUCAAAUUCCCGGUAUCUUUGGCCGACUGGGUGAUCUGGGGGCUAUCGAUAAACGAUUCGACGUUGCCAUCUCCACUGCGACGGGCAACAGCCUGGAUAACAUCCUUGUGGAUAAUGUGAACACGGCCAAGAAGUGCAUCGAGUAUCUUCGAAACAAUAACAUUGGCCGAGCCAAUUUUUUGGCCCUAGACAAGACCGUUCGAUGGGAGAAUGCCUUGAAAACCGAGUUCCGAAGCCCAGAAAAUGUGCCCAGACUGAUCGACUUGGUUAAACCCCGCGAAGCCCGAUUCCAAACCGCUUUCUAUCAAUACUUAAGGGAUACACUCGUGGCUGAUUCAAUGGAGCAAGCUCAACGAAUUGCCUUUGGAGCUAAACGACACCGCGUGGUCACCUUAGGAGGAGAAGUCAUCGAGACUAGUGGAGCCAUGUCGGGUGGAGGUCGGGAGGUCAUGAAGGGGAAGAUGGGAAGCCAAAACGUGGCGCCGGAAUCCGACGGGCCAGAUCUGAAGACUCUGGAAGUGGAUCUGAGAAAAGCUGAGUCUGAGCAACAAGAAUUUAUUCAAAAUAAAUCCGACCAAGAGGAUCGAAUGACCGUCCUUAAGCGGGAACUCAAAGCCCUGAACAACGAAAGCCACAAAUUAAAGCUCGAGAUUAAGAGUCUCACGGAGAAGGAGAGAAGUUUAACACAUCAAAUCGCCCAACAAGAGAAGAUCUUGGCAGAUAUCAAGCCAGAUGAAGCAAAACUGGCCGAGCUCACCGAAAAAGAAGCACAACUCCAAUCGUUAUACGAUGCAUCGCAUGAAAAAGUCAAAGAUGUUGAAGUUAAUGUGCAAAAGCUUAAUCGAAAGAUCAAAGAGAUCGCGGGAGGUAAGCUAAAAGCCAUUACCAAGAAACUAGAUGAGACAAGAGCCCAAUUGGACAAGGUCAAGAGCGAAAUCACCCGAUUAGAGGUGGGAAUUAAAUCUUCCGAGCGAGACCUAAAGAAAUGUAAGGACCGUUUCGAUGGCUAUGAUGUUGAAGUAACCGAAUCCGAAGACCGCUUGAGAGCUAUGAAGUCACAGCGCGAAGAAUUGGAGCAAACCGGUCAAGCCGUCAUAAAGGAAAUGACCGGUUUAAAUGAAGAGGUGGACCAGAAACGCACCGCAGUUGAAGAACAGGCGGCAGUAAUUGAGGAACUGAAGAAAGCUGAGAACAAGUACAAAUCCCAGCAAAUCGAAAUCAACCAAUUCAGGGAGAAGUUCCGCGAUGAAAUCAAGGGACACACUCGACACGUCGCUCAUUGGAGGAGAGAGAUCAAGAAGCUCAAAUUGCGCGAAAUUCCGGGAGAAAAUUUGGGACAACUUGAAGUUUAUGAAACCGAAGAACUCGAGGCGCUAGACAUGAAGAAGUGGAACUUGGAGUGUCAAGAGCUCGAAGAAAAGCUUUCCACUCAAAAAGCCAAUUUCGCCAUUAUUGAGGAAUAUCGAAGAAAAGAAGCCACCUAUCUCGAGAGAGUGGGCGAGUUGGAUGACAUCACUCGGAAAAGAGACAAGCAAAGGAAGUGUCAUGAGGAUCUCAGAAAAAUGCGCCUGAACGAGUUCAUGGAAGGCUUUUCCAUCAUCACGGCCAAAUUAAAGCAAAUGUACCAGAUGAUCACUCUAGGCGGAGAUGCCGAGUUGGAGUUGGUGGAUUCCCUCGAUCCCUUCACUGAAGGCAUCGUUUUCAGUGUUCGGCCUCCCAAGAAAUCGUGGAAGAACAUUUCAAAUCUGUCGGGUGGUGAAAAAACUCUCUCCUCACUAGCCUUAGUCUUCGCCCUUCAUUACUACAAACCAACCCCUUUGUACGUCAUGGACGAGAUCGAUGCCGCUCUGGAUUUCAAGAACGUCUCCAUUGUGGCCAACUACAUUCGCGAUCGGACGAAAAACGCCCAAUUCAUCAUCAUUUCCCUUCGUUCAAAUAUGUUCGAAUUGGCCGACCGCCUCGUGGGCAUUUACAAGACCUACAAUUGCACCAAAAGUGUGACCAUCAAUCCCGGGUUGAUUGUCGGUCAAUCUGCGACACCUUCCUCCGCCACGACCUUAGCCGAUGACACAACUGCCAAAGUUCAAGACACUCAACCUUCCGCAAUCGCCCCUUCUAAAGAAUUGACUUCACCCUAGCCUGGUUUGACGUAUUAUCGCCUCAAUAAAGAUCCUGACGCAGA